ACACGUUGACUUUUAUUUUGUCGUCUCUCUGCUGAAGCAGUCUGAUCAUUUGGUGAUGAGUUUUGUGACAGUCCAGUCUGUGAACAUCAUGACAGGCAUCAUGUUACUGAGUCUCCUCUUUAUUCCAAAGCCUUCGACUGCUUGUCCUGAGUAUUCAGACCUCUUCAUCACUGCACCAACAGAGAUGGAAGCUCUGAGUGGAUCAUGUUUACAAAUCCCAUGUAGCUUUAGUGCUGCUGGACCAGUAAAGUUUGACAUCAGAAGAGCUGUCUUUGGAGUGUGGAUUAAAAAUCACUCCAAUGUUAAUAAAUUUCCAAACAAUGAGAUCUUCAACAGCAGUGGGACAGUUAACAUCUAUCCAAUGAAGAUUACAGGAAACCUGAAGGAGAAAAACUGCACCACUUUGUUUUCCAACUUAACCACAACUUAUACAAACACAUACUACUUCAGAAUUAUGAACUGGCCGUUCAGAGCAACAGCUGUUUGUGAACCUCUUAAAAUAAAAAUUAAAGAUUCUCCUUGGAGGCCCGAUAUUACAAUCCCAGGUGAUCUGAAGGAGAAGGAGUCUGUCACUAUAACCUGCUCAGCUCUCACUCCCUGUCCACACUCCCCUCCUCAACUCACCUGGAAUCUCCAACAAGACUCUCACAGCAAAAUAGAGGAAAACACAGAUGGAAGCUUUACAACUAAAAUCCAGCAGAACAUCACUCUGUCAGACACACAUGAUGGAAAGAAGAUCAGCUGCUCUGCCAGAUAUCCUGUGAACCAAGGAAAAGACACCAAGACAGCAGAGACAGAAGAGACUCUCAGUGUUUCAUAUGCUCCUAAAAACACCUCAGCAUCCAUCAAUCCAUCAGGUUUGGUGUCAGCAGGCAGCUGGGUGAAGCUGACCUGCUCCAGCAGAGCCAAACCUCCAGUCAGCAAUUUCACCUGGUUCAAGAAGAGCAGAGAUGGAGCUGUGAAAGUAUCUGAAGGAGAGAUUUACAGCUUCAAUGUACCAGAUGGAGGAGUUUAUUACUGUGUGGCCACUAAUGAUCUGGGUAAUCAAACAUCAGCAGAGAUUAACGUGACUGUUGCAGGACAUCAGAAUAAUGGUUCUUUACCACUGGGUCCACUUCUUGGAGGCAUCCUUGGGUUGGUCUUACUGAUCUGUUUAAUUAUCUUUGCUUUCAGAGCUCUCAGGUUGUUAAAGUACCAAACUCAGCAAGAGACUCAGAGUCAAAGAAGUGAAGAGCUGGUUGUUGAAGAGCCGACAAGUAAAACAGAAGGAGGGGAAGGAAACAUCCAUUAUGGAGAGAUCAACUUCUCUGAGCCUGGAUAUGAAGCAUCCUUUGUCUCAGUGCAGGACAGAGGACAGCAGCAGGAUACGGUGUACGCACAGGUGAAAGUCAACAAGCCAGAAAACAGCUUAACACAGAGAGCUCAUGGCCAAGAGGAACUCUACGCUGAGGUCCGAAUAAGUGAGAACAGCUGUGUUAAGACAUUACAUUACCAAAGUCCAUUAACAAAGAAACACAGAAAUCAAUGAAGUUAACCCAGCA